AUGGUUCUGCGAGGUUGGCGACUCAUCGGGUUUGCCGGUAUCAUAGCGGUGUACAUCGGCGGCAUUCUGUUUAUCUCAUUUGUCAGUCUGCAAAAUCCCCAGCAGAAGCGUAACCAUGGCCGAGGCUACGGGGAGUUCGAAACGUUGCGCAACCGGGACCUGGGACUGUUGGGCAAGAAGCUGCCCCUGCAAUGGUGCACUGAGCUGCGCUACAUGGACAGUCCUCCGCCGGCACCGAAGGCCUACCAGUUGCUCGAAACCUUUCCGGGUCACAUUGUGAAAAAGGUUCACACAUACAGCCUCAACAAUCAGAUCCCAGACGUUCCGGAAAAUGACCAUGACCAACGACAGCAACAACGGCACAACGAUGUUUACCGUGACAAGCACAAACGAACGGCGUCGUCUGCCGCGGUCGACCUCUCAUCUUCCUCUUUAUCGUCGCAAUGGCCUAAUAGAAAUAAUAACAACAAAUUUACCAAUAAGCUAGCAGAUAAUGAUAGGAUUACAAGUGAUAGGGUGCUGCCGGCUCAGAAGUCUUCCAACCGGAAGCUAACAGCACUGGUAUCGUUUCCCGGCAGCGGAAACACUUGGCUGCGAUAUUUGCUGCAGCAGGCAACGGGUAUCCUAACCGGAAGUGUGUACAAAGAUUACGGUCUACUCAAAAGUGGCUUCCCAGCUGAAAAUGUUGCCAACUCUUCGGUGCUCGUGGUAAAAACGCACGAAUGGGGCCCAAAUGCUUGGGCUCCCUACGGCAAAGCCAUUCUCCUCGUGCGGAACCCGAAGAAGGCUAUUCUGGCUGAAUUCAAUCGUCAAAGCGGUGGUCACGUUGGGUUUGCUUCUCCCGAUCGCUAUCGCCGGACCAAAGGACGAUACUGGACUCAGUUUGUUAAAAACAAAUUAUGGGCCUGGGAACAGACCAACCUCUCGUGGGCCAAAAACUUCACCGGUGAGGUGAAACUGAUAUUCUACGACGAAUUGGUGGAAAAUGUUGAAGGGACACUUCGAAGUAUUCUCAAUUUUCUUCAAUUUCCUAUUAAUGAGGAGCUACUAGCGUGCGCUCUGGCGCGCAAGGAAGGUAUCUAUCGACGGAAGAAACGAAUCUUGCAGUUCGAUCCUUACAGUCCGGCAAUGCACGCAGCUAUUGACGAAAAACGUACCGAAGUCUACGCUGCGCUAGGACGUUUCGAAACUCAAUGA